CAAUUCCUGUUUUUGCUGGAGCCCCUGGGUGUGACGCGUGAUCUCUGUGGUUUCCUAUCUAAGCGCUACGCGACCAGCCAGCGCUUCGCUCGGCGUUGUCGCUCGAGUUAUCUUGCAGGAGCUGCAACAGCAAACCUAAUGCAGACAGAAGGAGAUGCGUCGGAGAUGUGAAGCGCUCUGAUUGUGCGUGUGCUAGAUUGUUUCCAGAAGAAGUUUAACUUUGUUUAGUUUUGCAGGAGAGGGAGAGAGAGAGAGAGAAAGAGAGAGAGAGAGAGAGAGAGAGAGAGAGAGAGAGACGCACACCCACACGCACGGACACAUAAGCACUGAACUGGAAAGAAAAGACAAGAAAGUAGAAAAUAAAAAAUAAAGUCGGAGAUGUUAAGGAACCACAAGCAAAAUGCAAAGGUUUCUCCCGAAGAAAAAGCUCCGCCGGUCCGGCAUAUGGAGUCUGCUGGCUCUCCUCGCCCUGUCAGUCGCUGUGGUUAGCCUCGUUUUCACGGCGCUCUCUUGGGGUCACACGCGCAGCCUGUCGCACUCUCUCCAGACCUUGCAAGACCGACUGGUGCAGGUGGAUUUGCAGCGAGAGGCGACGGUGCAGCUGCUGAUGGAGCAGCAGGACCUGCAGCAAAAGAGAGCCAAGAGAGCCGCAGGCUUGAAGAGGAACAGGAAGAGAAAGGCUGUGGUAGCCGCACACUUCGAGAUAAAACCGGAGAACACAGCCGGAGCAGCUUCCAGUCACAUCAUCACAGGCUGGACUGAGGUGAAUCUCAACACCAGCACUGCGGUGAAGUACAGUCCCAGCACAGGAAGGUUCACAGUGCUAACAGACGGCCUGUAUUACCUGUACUGCAGGAUUCAUUUCAUGGAGAGAGAAAGUGCUUACCUGAAGCUGCAGGUGUAUCUGGGGACGGCCCCGCUGUUCAGCUGUCUGCAGAGCUACGGGACGACCCCGUCCUCCUCACCGUCCACCAAGCUUGGAGACUUCUACUCCUGCCACGUGUCGGGGCUGGUCAGGCUGACCGCCGCGGAGCAGCUGACCGUCCAGACCUUCGGAGGGACGAAUCUCCGGCCCCGACAGGACCUCAACUACUUCGGCCUCUUCCAGGUCAAGUGACCCCAGGUGGAAAACGAAGGGAUGUGCAGCCGGUCGGAUAUUUUUUUUUUUUUUUUUUUUUUUAAAUAAACACCGCGCCUUCGAUGAAAGACACUCUAUCCAGUUUUGCAAACGCAUAUUGCAGGGUGCAAUUCAAAAACUUUGACAAGAUCGCUGAAUGAGGGAGACAGGUGAGAGGGAGGCUGUAACUGAACUACGAUAAAGCGUGAUCACACGUCUUCAAUCGGGACG